CACACAGUAAUGGUGAGAAGUAGCGUUCACGUUUAUCCGCAAUGAACACCGUCGAGCCGAAAAGAUUUUAUAGUCGCGAGGUGACAGCGAGACGAGAGGCCAUGGAGGAUAGGAUAAAGCGCAAACCGGGAUGGGUAAAAGAAUUUCGAAAAAUGCCAGCGAAUAUUCUCGGCCCGACCGAAUUUUGGAAGGAGUUCGACAAGCAGGCCGAUGCGCUUUACACCGCUGCGAAAGAGAGCAACGAUUUCGAUGCGCUUUGCACUUUCGCUUAUCAGAGAGACAAGGGCUAUCGUAAAUUCGUGGUAGCUCAUCCUGAGAGAUAUUGGUGGUAUUACAAGCACCGCCCGCCGGAAAAAAGAUGCUCUUACGAGAUAAUUCCAGAGCAUUGUCCUUGUCGCUUGUAUUUGGACCUGGAAUAUCUGAUAGAAAUGAACCCGAGUCAUGACGGAUCGUCGAUGACGAACAUGGUAAUCGAGAUUUUCUGCGCGUACUUGCUGGCCCGUUGGUCAGUGCCGUGCAAUAAAUACAACGUGAUCAAUUUAGAUUCGAGCACGAGCGAAAAGUUUAGUAGACAUCUCGUGUUUAACGUGAAACACGUAGCUUUCAAAGAUAAUUAUCACGUCGGUAGAUUAGUAAAACGCGUGUGUCAGGAUAUCUUAGAUUACCUCGCGUUCGAGGAAACGUCGCUCGACAUUCUGAACAGUUUCGAUAGAACGGAAUUGCAACGAUUAAUCGUUGAAACGAAAAAUGGCAAGAGAUUGUUUAUCGAUACCUCGGUUUACACGAAAAAUAGACAGUUUAGAGUGUACGAUUCCACUAAAUGGGGCAAGCGAUCGAAUUUCACGUUAUCGGUAGAUUGCAAGUACAUUCCAUCCGUCGAGUAUAAAGACGAACAGUUGGCAAUAUUUCUCGAUUCGCUGGUGUCAUACUUUGUUGUCAGAAGGGAUUUAGUGAUAUUAGAAUAUUCCGAUUGUGAGGACGGUGCUCCGAACGUAAAACGUUUCAAACCGCUACCGCGACGAUCCGUCGACCGCGAGGAGGAUCAUUCGAGCUCGAAAUAUCCGCUGUUGAAUAAACACGUUCGCGACUUGACCCAACCGGGGAAAGUGCGUUCGUGUAAAACCCUUGAGUCUAGAAAACUGUUGGUGUACGAAACCUCAGGAUAUAGAUACUGCGAAAACGUUGGCCGAUGUCACCAAAGUAACAACGUUUACUGGGUGGUAGACUUGAAAGCCAAAAGAUUAUAUCAGAAAUGUCACGACCAAGAUUGUGCUGGUUUUAAAUCCGAACCCAAGCGAUUACCGGAAGAGGUUUGCUUCGAAAUUGAUGAGGAUGGCGACUCGCUCUUGGACUCUAUUAGUUUGUCACAGGAUCUAUCAUAGAGGACUGACAUCUUUUAUAUCAAAAGUUUUUAUUAAAGUAGAUUAAACAAUUUCGUCAGUAGGGACACCAGACAGAUGGGAAGAGAGUUCUAAAAAAAGGUAGGCAGUUUCGAGUUACAGGGUACAUAGAUUUGUCUCCGGGGCUUCUUUCUCUGGAACGAGUACAGACUAUAAUGUUUCAUAUGUUAAAAUAUCCGAUCACUUUAUACAUGAACUUGUUUGUAUAAAUACAAAAUAAUUGAACAAUGCCACAGUUACGAUUGAUAGUACAAACACACGUUUGAUACGUGAAUCACAACUUGUACUAUGACACAAAUUAUGUACAAUAUGUAUAUAUAAACAGACGUGACGACAGACA